AUCAACUACAAUAUAAAUAAACUUUAGGAAUUUUUUCCAUAUUAGUUCAGUUAACACUUAAGGUUGAAAUAAAGAAGUUCAUUUGUGUAGUUUCUAAUCGAAAAUAAAAAAGUUUUUAAAAUGAAGUUUCUAAUUGUAUUUGGAUUUUUAAUUUUGGCUGCUUGUACAGUACGGGCUGAAUUGACAAAAGAGGAAGCAGUUGCCAUUGCUACUGGCUGUAAAGAAGAAGCUGGUGCCUCAGAUGCCGAUUUUGAAGCCAUGGUUAAACAUCAACCAGCUGAGACCACAGAGGGUAAAUGUAUGCGUGCUUGUACUUUGAAGAAAUUCGGAGUGAUGAGCGAAGAAGGUAAAAUGCUUAAAGAUGAAGCCAUAGAAUUAUCUAAAGCCCUUAUUAAGGAUGAGGAGAAAAAAGAACUUGUUGUUGGUGUAAUCGAAGCCUGUGAGGGCAUAGAAGUUAGUGAUGAUCAUUGUGAAGCUGCUGAAGAAUAUGGUCAUUGCUUGAAAACAGAAUUUGAGAGUAAAGGUAUAGCCUCAGCUGAAGAUUUAGUAGCAUAAAUACUCAUAUGUAUUAAAUAUUGUAACUGAAUGAUGACUCAAUGCCUGGAAAAAGCUUUUGUAUAAUGGACAUUUCUUUUUUAAACAAUUUUUAACGAUUUCUGGGAACUUCUACUUAAAGUGUCAACGAACUACUUUUGUUUUAAGUAUUUCUCUGAUUGUUUGUAUAUGAAUAAAAAAAAAAUAAAUUAAUAAAAAUAAUUUAAAAAAAAACGUUGUUAAGCUAUAAAAU